UGUUGUCCUUUGAUUUGGUCUUGCUCCUAUCUGCUGCAGUGGUUAACCAUGCAGCUCCUCCGACCUGCUACUCAAGAAUGCUGAGCAUGAGAAAAGAAAUCAAGAGCAACAUUGAGAACCUAGAGGCAAAACAAUUCACAAAACGUUGUGUUGCUAAGCUGCCUGACCUGCACAUAGAUAUCCAUAAUUUCUGCGUGAUGUCAAAACUGCGGGCUUACCUACAGGCUGUGGAGAAGGUGACUGAUCGGCGCUGCCAGAAUGUGCUGCAGCCAACAGUUCAGUUAAUCAGACGCUUGUACCUCAUCAUGGUGAUACCAUGUAAGGCGGAGCUUGUGUUCUUGACGGACAACUGCAGUGCAUUACAGAGAAAAGCAAGCACUACAACUUGAACGUGCCAAAUAACAAGAUAUAAUUUUUAAAAAUGUAUUUAUGUACUUUUCUAUGUAAAGUUGAGUUUUCAGAAUACAAGCAUCUUUAAGGUUAUAUUACUUGCAGGGAUGGCAAGAGAUGUUCUAUAUUAGCUGAGUAAUAGAUUGUUAAUCUUAUACUGCCUUGCAUAGUCAGGUUUAUUUGAGAGUAGGUGAGAUCUUCAAAUCUACUUUUGCCCUCCCCUGCUGGCUACUGUUGGAAUUCUGUACCAGAAGUUCCAGUUUUGAUUUUCAGGCUGUGCUAGUUUAACUGAAUGUAGCUGUGACAGAGGCUUAAGGCCAUCUUCAGUGAGUCUCAGUGUCCGGCAAUAGAGAGUGGGUAGAAAUCAGCCAGAAUUCUACUCCUGCUGGGAAGCCUGUUGGUAGAACAGGGAAAAAGAGUAUGAUCACACUCAGUUCUGUUGCCACAUUCAUCAAAUAAUCUGCCAACAAGGACAAUUUAGGCAAGUACCUGCAGGGAAGUUGGUAGUUACUGAAGAAAAUCCCUGACUUCAGGAAAGGAAGAGAGAGAGAGAAAAAAAAUCUGGUUGAGACUUUACAUUGUCAGAGAAACUCUCAAUGUUGGCUGCCACAAUUCCAGGAAAACUUUGGGAGUCUGCAAAUGUGCAAACUAACAUGGAAAUUCCAAAGUUGGUUUCAUGAUUUAAAGCCCUCCAGAGGGUUCAGUCCCUUCCUCCUGCCCAUCUCCACUCUACAGUAUAAUCCUAGGCAACCAGUGAAUUGGUGAGAACUUUGCUGUUGAAAAACCUCUUAAACCAAAUACAACUUGUUGACUGUGUUACAACUGGGGUUUUAACAGAGCACUAACUUCAUAAUUAUGAUUAAACACAUUUACUGUCUUUAGCUUUCUGAAAAUUUCAACUAAAGUUGAAGGAUAAAGUGCUUUUAAUGUCUGGAUUUGCUGUUGGUGAGUACACUUGAAUGUGAUUGGCUGCUUACUUAGUUUCCUGACUCACUACUGCUACGUGCUUGGAGAGACCCUAAAGUGGCAUGAGAUUUAAACUGCCAUUGGGAGAGAGAACGUCUUUACCAGAGAUCUUUGCAAGUGACUUUAGUCAAUGUCAGUGGUUGGUGCCAGUGCUCCCCAUUCCUCUUGCCAAGAGUUCAAUACAAUGCUGCAAUAGUCAUUCCUACCAUAAUGCAAACAGUUUCACAACCAGAUUACAUUGCUAAUGAUGGGACAAUAUUUUGUAAGUUUCUCCUUUUCCAAUGUGAGGAGUCAUAAAUCCAUUUUGUCAGGAGUGAGUCCUGAUAUGUCUCACAUCUUGCCUUUGGAACAAUUGGUCUCUUGCUAGGAAGCCGCACACCUGUUCAAUCAUUCUUGACUUCAUGCAUUUCAAGUGGUAACAUCCCCUAGUUACAAGAAACAAGGCUGAAGAUAAACCAAACUAAGUGAGGGUGUCAGCUAAUGAAAAAGAACUACCAGACUGACUAUUUGCUGGGUGUGUAUUACCAGUUACAUGGAGGCAUAAGUAAGAGGUUCAGACACUGGGAUAACACAGAAAUGAAUCUAAAUUAGAGUGGUGCUGGAAAAGCACAGCAGGCCAUGCAGCAUCCGAGGAGCAGGAAGA